GGCGCACGGUGGGCGGCGCACUGUGCUCCGACCAGCGCUCCGAAGCGCACGCGCCGCGCACCGCACGCAUGAAGACCGAGGACCAAACCACCGAGGAGGCGGCGCGCCGGGCGCCUGCCACCAGACGCCAAGAAAAACCACCCUACUCCUACAUAGCCCUCAUCGUCAUGGCCAUCAGGCACUCGCCCAACAAACGGCUGACCCUCAGCGAGAUAUACGCGUUCCUCCAACAGCAGUUCCCGUUCUUCCGCAGCUCCUACCAGGGCUGGAAGAACUCCGUGCGCCACAACCUGAGCCUGAACGAGUGUUUUGUGAAGCUGCCGAAAGGGCUGGGUCGGCCGGGCAAAGGGCACUACUGGACGAUCGACCCGUCGUCGGAGUUCAUGUUUGAGGAGGGGUCGUUCAGAAGAAGGCCGCGAGGGUUCCGCCGCAAGUGCCAGGCGUUGAAGCCUCAGUUCGGGAGCGGGGGUUACUUGAGUGGAAGUGGUGUGGCGGCGCUGCCUCCGUCGCAGGGUGGUUUUGAGUUGGCGGGCGGGAGUGGUUCUGGCGGCGGGGGGUCUUCGCUGGACUACAGCUCGUGCGCGUACCCGCACGCGGGGUCCUCGGGGCAGCAGCUGUACGGCGGCGAGUACUGCGCGUACGGCGUGGAGCGCGAGUGGCCGCUGUACGGCGGCGUGGACGGCUACCGGCCGCCGGCGCCGGCGCUGCCCGCCCACCACGAGCUGCCUGACCUCAUACCCAACUACCAGUACGCCGUCACCAACGAGCAUGGUGAGUCUUUGAUUUAUAAUUCAUAG